AUGUACAUCCUCAAGCCCUCAUGGCUGCGGCAUAGCGGCGAGCAGAAGGACUUCGAGGUCUACAGCUGCCACAUCUCUCCCGAUGGCAAGCGCUUAGCCACGGCUGGCGGAGAUGGCCACGUUCGCAUCUGGUCAACGGAGGCCAUCUUUAACUCCGGCGACCCCAACUAUGACAAGCCGCGCCAACUCUGCCACAUGAGCCACCAUCUCGGCACCAUCCACUCUGUCCGCUUCUCGCCCAACGGUCGCUACCUUGCUUCUGGUGCCGACGACCGUGUCAUAUGCAUAUACCAGCUUGACACGAACCCGCCGUCACUUGCUGCUACCUUUGGAUCCAACGAACCGCCCCCUGUCGAGAACUGGAAGACCCACAAGCGUCUGGUCGGCCACGAUAGCGACGUUCAAGAUCUCGCCUGGUCCUACGACAAUUCAGUCCUCGUUUCGGUUGGUCUGGACUCCAAGGUUGUUGUCUGGUCCGGCCACACCUUUGAGAAGCUCAAGACAAUCACUGUGCACCAGAGCCAUGUCAAGGGCAUCACCUUCGAUCCUGCUAAUAAGUUCUUCGCCACCGCUGGCGACGACCGGUCCAUCAAGAUCUUCCGAUUUACCCCUCCUCCGCCGAACGCGACCCAACAUGACAUGAUUAACAAUUUUGUCCUGGAGGCCACGAUCAGCGCUCCCUUCAAGAGCUCCCCGCUCACCACGUACUUCCGGAGAUGCAGCUGGUCACCUGACGGUCAUCACAUCGCUGCUGCCAAUGCGGUCAAUGGGCCCGUGCCUAGCGUCGCUAUUAUCGAUCGUUCGCGCUGGGAGAGCGACAUCAACCUGAUCGGCCACGAGGCCCCGACUGAAGUUUGCUCCUUCUCACCCCGUCUGUUCUAUACCAAGAAGCCUGAGAGCGGUUCCUCCGACAAGGGUCAGCUUGUAACUGUGAUUGCUUCUGCUGGCCAGGACAAGACGCUGAGCAUAUGGAACACCAACACGUCCAGACCUGUCGUUAUUGUCCAAGAUGUGGCUUCCAAAUCGGUAUCGGAUCUUGCUUGGACUCCUGAUGGCCAGACCAUCUUUGCUUCAAGCUUGGACGGCAGCGUUGUGGCCAUCAAGUUUGAGGAGGGUGAAUUGGGCUACGUGGCGGACUCCGAGGAGAACGACAAGGCCCUGCAGAAGUACGGCGCGUUCCGGAAGGGCAUGGGCACUGCCGAGGACGUCGACAGUCUGCACCUUGAAAAUCACAGCAAGGCUGGCGAGCUGCGCGGCGCAGAGUCGAGAAUGGGAGCCCUGAUGGGGGACUUCCAGCCAGCUGAUAAGAACGGAGUUACGACAAACGGAGCCAAGUCAGCUACCGCUAGUAAGAACGGUGAACUCAACGGAACGAGUGACAAGCAGGCAUCAUCCAAAGAGGGGGCUUCUAAGCAGUCCCCGGAGGAGGAGAAGGAGAGCGCCGAAAAGGCUGCGGCACGGAUUGCCGAACUGAAGUCUCGCGUUCAGGUGACCAAAGAUGGCAAGAAGAGGGUUGCUCCUCUGCUCGUGUCGUCGUCGGCCACAGGCCUGCUGUCGCUACCUCAGUCGCAACUAGUGGGCGCUAAGUCGACAAAGCCAGCGCAGAACGAUGCUCCCCAAACCAUACUCGACCUGUCCAAACCUUUCCAUGGCUUGCCGAGGGGAGGGAUAGCCGCUCUGCUUCUCGGAAACAAGAGAAAGGCCGUUUCGGUUGAGGGUGAGGAGGAAGAAGAGCCGGCGGCCAAGCGCCCAUCUACGGGAGGUCCCGUCCCCAUCAUGGUAGACACGCCUGAAGGUCUUGAACCGGCUCCCCUGACGGCCCCUCCUCAUGGUCAGGUUCCUACUCCUGAAUACCUCCGUCCAGCAGUCGUCAGCCCCGCAAUCUCGGUGUCCCAGGUGCGACUGGCCGUCCCCAAGGUGCGCUCCCACAUCGUGCGGCCUCUCGAGCGCGGCGUUCUUCAGGGUGAAACGACGCUGGAAGAAGCAGCGAAGGGUGCUCCCGAAAACAUCAUUUUGGAGGCGCGCAACCCUGUUCGGCCACGCGAGCCGUCCCGUAUCACAGCCACCAAGCGUGGCGCGCUGCUCUGGCAAGAUUUCCUGCCACGUGCUGUGCUGCUGGUCACUGGUAGUAAGUACUUCUGGGCAGCAGCCUGCGAAGACGGUUCCCUUCACACAUGGACGCCAGCCGGACGCAGGCUGUUUAAUGCCAUCAUCCUCGAGUCCCAGCCCGUCAUCUUGGAGUGCCGCAAUCACUGGCUGCUCUGCAUCACAUCGGUUGGUUUGUGCCAUGUCUUCAACGUCAAGACCAUGUCGGCUGCGCACCCGCCGGUCUCGCUGGCGCCUAUCCUCGACAUCGCCAUGACCUCGUUGUCUCUUGACGGCCCGACAGCUGCCCCGGGCGUUACCUCGGCACACCUUAACAGCAACGGCAACAUCGUCGUCACGCUGAGCAACGGCGAUGGUUUCUUCUACUCCAGUGACAUGUACACCUGGCAGCGGCUGUCCGAGUCAUGGUGGGCAGUCGGCAGCCAGUAUUGGAACAGCAACGACUCGUCCAUCAGCGCGUUGUCGUCGACCGCUGUCGGCCCCGUGGCGACCAGUACCGCGCCGUCCAAGAAAGACGACAGUUCCGCUGCCGACGAGGUCCCCAUCUCGGCCGGCAUCAUACCCUAUCUCGAGCGACACACGACUACCGAGUUCUUGCUCAAGGGCCGUGCGUACACGCUGCAAAGGCUCAUCCAGACACUGCUGGCGCGCGACGGCUUCGAGGGCUUUGAGAGCGCCGUCAGCGUGGCGCAUCUGGAGAAUAGGAUCGCUGGUGCCUUGGCUCUGGGUGCCAAAGACGAGUUUAGGCUCUACCUGUUUAUGUAUGCCAAGCGGAUUGGUGCCGAAGGCAUGCGUGGCAAGGUGGAGGAGCUGCUUAAUGCGCUGGUUGGAGGUAUUCUCCGGGAGAAGGGAGAUGACGCCGAGGGGAAAGGCUGGGCUAGUAAGGGGGAUAAGAUCUGCGGAUGGGAUAGGAAGGAAUUGUUGAAGGGCGUGGUGUUGAUUUUAGGUAAAUUCCGCGAUCUUCACCGGUUGACAGUCCAAUAUGCUAGGAUUUUGGGUCUGACAGCCGGAGGGGAGGAAAACGGAAAUGGAGAUGGGGAGAGGAUGGAGCUGGGUGAUUGA